CGUCAAAGACAGCAAAAUGUCAUUAACACGUUGCAUUACAGUUGUGUCGGUUCCGGUUUGUUUGUCGAUAUUGAGACGAACAUUCGUGACAAGCAGUGUUAGUUACGCGCAGACCUGUGCCAGUAGCGGUAUCAGUGCGACAGCUCCGUCACCCAAGACCAGCACAAUGUACAUCGCGGAGGAACGAGGCUCGCCUUACGCGCCCGAUUACCGGGUGUUCUUCAAGGACGAGAGCGGGCCGAUCUCGCCGCUGCACGACAUCCCUCUGUGGGCCGACAAGAGCAAGCGGCUCGUGAACAUGGUGGUGGAGGUGCCGCGCUGGACCAACGCCAAGAUGGAGAUCAGCCUCGGCGAGCCGCUCAACCCCAUCAAGCAGGACGUGAAGAAGGGCGCGCUGCGCUUCGUCAGCAACGUGUUCCCGCACCGCGGCUACAUCUGGAACUACGGCGCGCUGCCGCAGACGUGGGAGAACCCGCACCACGUGGACCCCGGCACGCAGGCGCGCGGCGACAACGACCCCAUCGACGUCAUCGAGAUCGGCGAGCGCGUGGCGGCGCGCGGCGACGUGUACCCCGUGCGCAUCCUCGGCACGCUCGCGCUCAUCGACGAGGGCGAGACCGACUGGAAGCUCAUCGCCAUCGACGCGCGGGACCCCAGCGCCGCCAAGCUGCACGACGUGGCCGACGUGGAGACGCACUUCCCCGGCCUCCUGCGCGCCACCGUCGAGUGGUUCCGCCUCUACAAGGUGCCCGACGGCAAGCCCGUCAACCGCUUCGCCUUCGACGGCGAGGCCAAGAACGCCGAGUUCGCGUACAAGGUGGUGGACGAGGUGCACGAGUUCUGGCGCUCGCUGGUGGCGGGCGACGUGGCGGACGCGACGGACAUCAGCAAGACGAACGUGAGCGUGGAGGGCAGCGCGGGCCGCGUGGAGCGCGCGGAGGCGGCCGCGGUGCUGGCGAAGGCGCCGCCGCGUGGACUGCCGCAGCCCAUCCCGCAGGCAGUGGACAAGUGGCACUUCCUGUCGAGCCUGUGAGGCGCGGGGCGGGUGAGGGGGCGGGGCGAGGCCUGGGCGGGGUGGGGCGGGCGCGGGCCGCUCGCCGCGCCGCUGUCGCGUGCGGUGCUCGCUGCGCCGCAGUCGCGCGACGGUGUCAUGCAGGUUGCGCUAUCCAUAAGUAUUUAAUUAUCUAUUCUAAGUGUAAUGUACUUCUAUCUAUAGUGCUCGAUUAAAUGUUAUAUUCAUUA